AUGACAAUGUCAAAGUACGAUGAGGGUAAACGGAAACGCCGACGCGAGGGAGCGAAUGAACGAGAGAAAACGAGGAAUAUCGAGUUGAAUAAAGCGUACGACUCGUUGAUCAAAAAGAUGGAUCCCUACAUCCCACAACACGCCGAUUUACCAAAGAUCAAAAGACUUCGAUUGGCCAUUGAGUACAUCAAAUUCUUGGAGGAUUGCCUAAAAAAUGGGGAAGAGAAAGAGCCAGAAUCAGAGCCAAAGCGUUUGGAGGAGUUCACAAAGACGGCUUUAGUCGAGAUACAGGCGAGAAACUCGUACUCGGAUCGAUUACACGAGGCGACUUUCGAGCGUCCGAGGAAAGCGAGCUCUGUCGGGAAAUCCCCAGAUUCAAAUCAAUCACCGAUUUCUCUUCAAUGGACGAACGAAAUCCCGCUCACAAAGGAAACAUUCGACCAAACACAAGGGAAAGUUCAAAAUCUUGAUGCUUUCCAUCGUUUUUGUCCUCGAUCCAAUCCCUCAUCCACCUCAUCACUCGAUUUUCUGCCUCACCAAGAUUCUCGAAUCGAUUUGCCCGCUUUCUCUCUAGAUUUCCCGUUUCCGAGUGAAGCACAGUUCGAUCGAUGCUCGAAUGUUGAAAUGAAAGCGCUGACACUUCCACUUCCACCGCUCUCGCUUGAUAAUCACUUUGGAUUU